UAUUACCUGUAAUAGCUCAGAAACAGUGGCAGUUUGGCUUUCGCUGACAUGGAUGCAGGAGUUUAAUUUGAAUCUGUGUGGACAUCAUGCUGCUUGGGUUGCACCAAGGCCUUCAUGAAAAUUAGUUCCAGCUUAUGUUUUGAGGGCAGCAUUGAGGCCAAUAAUUACUCACCUGUUGGGCAGACUGAUGACAUGAAAGAUGAGAUUCUUUGUUUCUUGUUUGAAAUUGUACCCUCUCUGGUGGAUUCUUCUUCUGGUCAUCUGUGUUCAGCAGCUCAAUGCAGGAGGAACGGAGGGGCCAUGUCACGGCAGAAACUGCUCUCGGUGUCAGUGUCUUCCUGCCAAAGGUGCACGGGGGCAUCCAGGGAAGCAAGGACAACAAGGUCUUCAAGGGCCGAUGGGAGUAAGAGGACAAGAAGGGCCACCUGGAGAGAAAGGCAGGAGGGGGGCCAUGGGCUCAUACGGCCCAGAGGGGCCAAAAGGAGACCGCGGCAAGACGGGUGUUCCUGGUUUUUCUGGACAUGAUGGGUCACUGGGUCACCCUGGAGCAGGUGGUGAGCCCGGUUUGGCAGGAGAGGAUGGCUGCAAUGGCACAAGGGGUCGACCGGGAGACCGUGGCUUCCCUGGUUUUGAUGGCGUCUCGGGGCCCCCUGGAUUACAUGGUCCUAAAGGAUUGAAAGGAGAACCAGUGUAUGAUGCUGUCCUUCCAGGUCUUCCUGGUGAUCGUGGCAGAGAUGGGGAAAAAGGUCUGCCUGGAAGACAAGGAAACAUUGGCCUGAAAGGCCACAUCGGCCCACCUGGCCCUGCUGGACAUCAGGGUUUGGACGGCCGUAAAGGUGCAAGAGGAACACGAGGUGACCCGGGAGGAUCACCAGCAGGGGACAAAGGGGACAAUGGUGAACAGGGUCGACCUGGUCCCCCGGGACCAGAGGAAGUUGUUGAAUUUCCUCCAGGCGUUCUUCCUUCAAAGGGUUAUAAGGGAGACCAAGGUCUACCUGGACCAUGUGGACCAAAAGGCAAAAGCGGCGGUAGAGGAGACAGCUACGGUCACACAAUUAAAGGAGAACAAGGAAUCCUGGGAUUUCCUGGAGACAGGGGAGCUCAUGGAUUUCCUGGUAGAGAUGGACCAACCGGACCUGAGGGUGCGCAUGGAGACUUUGGACCUCCAGGCCCCAAGGGAAGAACUGGAGAAAAAGGUUACCCCGGAAAUCCUGGUCUCCCUGGUACUUCGCUCUUUACUAACGAAAGUUACACAAGAGGUGCUAAAGGGGAUCCUGGAUAUCCUGGAGCACGUGGACUUCCAGGGGACCCUGGGUACAUAGGCUUCCCUGGGCUUCCGGGGCCGCCAGGAUUAACAGAAGGACAAGGUCUGCCUGGCCCUCCAGGCCCCCAAGGUGUAAAGGGCUCCAAGGGAGAGCCAGGGAGGUAUAAUGAAUAUGAACUCAUUCGGUACACGGGGCUCAAGGGAGUAAAAGGAGACCUGGGACCUAAAGGUUUCACAGGGCGCCCAGGUCGCCCAGAUUAUUAUUGUGAGCCUGGUUAUCCUGGGGAUCCUGGAGACAAAGGACCAACAGGAUUGCCCGGCAAAAUAGGGCUUAAAGGAAUUAAAGGUUGUGAAGGCGAUUGUAAAUGUGAGGUUGGUUGGCCAAGUGUCGGACCCCCAGGUCCACGUGGUUAUCCUGGUCCUCCAGGGUUACAUGGAACUCCAGGACUUCAUGGAGACCAAGGGCUCGCGGGAGAUCAUGGCUCAAGAGGCCCACGAGGUUUCCAAGGAAUUACAGGUAUAAAAGGACCCAAGGGUCAGAAAGGUGACUCGUUUGCAGUUGAUGUAAAAGGUGCUAAAGGAGACCAAGGAAACCCUGGACAUCCUGGCUCUCCUGGAGAAACGGGUAGGCCGGGGCAGGAUGGCGUCCCUGGCCAUGUGGGAGAUCCUGGUACACCAGGUGGUGGCUUUGUAGGAUUACCAGGUCCCCCAGGUUAUCCAGGUCUUGCUGGACAGAAAGGAUUUCCUGGGCCUCAGGGUCCCCCAGGUCCUGGUUUUUCAGGGCCAGUGGGGAUCCCUGGACCUCAGGGAGACGAGGGAAUUCCUGGGGCACCGGGAUUCCCAGGACGACCAGGACCUCCAGGCGAUGUUGAUAUAUGUUGUCUGGACGGCAAGAUUGGGGCACGUGGUCCAAAGGGAGAGCCAGGUUCACCAGGAAUUCCAGGUCAACCUGGAACAGAUGGGUCUCUGGGGACUCCAGGAGAACCAGGCCUCAAAGGCAUGAGAGGAGAUGACGGGGAAACUGGAGGGUUUGAAAUACCAGGACCUCCGGGUAUAAAUGGGGAUCCAGGGGACCAUGGGCCAAAAGGACCUAGAGUCGAUGGCCCUGCAGGUCUUCCAGGAUUGCCGGGACCCCCUGGUAGGAAGGGGGCCCAAGGAGAUGUCCUUUAUACAAGGCCAGGUAAUAUUGGUCCACCUGGUCCUCAUGGAGCUUUGGGUCUAAAGGGAGUCCGUGGGAUUCCUGGAAAUCCUGGGUCGCCAGGCAUUCAUGGCCAUGUGGGGCAACUGGGCCUUAAAGGAGAACAAGGGGUCAAUGGAAACCCUGGAUUAACUGGUCCACAAGGCCCACCCUGUACUCUGUGUGAUCUGGAAAGUAUUCCAGGUCCUCCAGGACCUCGAGGAAGCCCUGGUCACAGUGGAAUACCAGGCUACCCUGGUAAAAAGGGUGUGAGGGGAGAUAUAGGUCCACCUGGUCCUGGACAGAGGGGUUCACAAGGUAUUCCCGGCCCUCCCGGUGCUCAAGGCUCAGCUGGACCUCCAGGAUCUGCAGGUUUACCAGGAGAUCCAGGUGCUGAUGGUUGGCCUGGACAGAAAGGUGAAAGGGGUUACCCUGGCAGGGCUGGGUAUAAAGGUACACAGGGGUACCCUGGACCUCCAGGAUCAAGAGGUAAACAGGGAGAUAGAGGUAUUGACGGUCGCCCAGGUUAUCCAGGGGAUGCAGGACUGCCUGGUGUUAAAGGUUUACCGGGACCCCCAGGACCAAGAGGACAAUCAAGGUUGGGUGGUGUUACCAAAGGCCCAAAGGGACGUCCAGGACAGAGAGGCCUACAAGGCCAGCAAGGAUUUCAAGGCUCGAAGGGUUUAAGGGGUGUGGCAGGACAACCAGGUCCUCAUGGAUGGCCUGGUCCACCAGGACUUAAGGGGGUAGUUGGUGCUCCAGGCCGGCCAGGGAUUCCAGGACUCCCUGGCUAUACUGGAAUUAAAGGAUUUCCUGGUCCAAGGGGAUAUCCUGGGCAGGCUGGACAUCCGGGAGAUCCAGGACCCCAGGGACCAAUUGGUAUUCCUGGGCUGCUAGGAUUUCCUGGUGCAAAGGGUGAUAAAGGACAGUUUUAUGGGAAACCUGGCCCACCAGGUCCAAAGGGACUCCCAGGGGACAGUAGGCCCUGUGAACCUGGAGAGAGCCCAGGAGACCCAGGUGAUCCAGGACCCAGGGGGGCACCAGGACAACCUGGACAGCCAGGCAUUCCGGGGCCAUCAGGAAAACAAGGAGGACCAGGCUUCCCUGGGCCUCGUGGUCUAUCAGGUCGUCCAGGUGUUCCAGGUCCUCAGGGUGGUCAAGGAGGAGUGGGAGAGCCAGGCCCACCUGGCCCGUACGGACAUCCAGGCUUCCCUGGACCACCAGGUCUAGAUGGACUGGAUGGGCUAAGAGGUCCAAAAGGGAUAAAAGGUUCAAGUGGCAAAGACAUCCCUGGCCCUCCUGGACACGAUGGUUUUCCUGGAGCCAAAGGUGUCAGGGGUUACAUAGGCCCUCCAGGACCCACAAUUCCUGGACCUAAAGGCCAAAGGGGCCCACCUGGCAGCACAGGUCAUCCAGGCUUGCCAGGUGAACCUGGUCAUCCUGGCAUAGCAUGCCAAACACCUUUGGAAGGACCCUUGGGAGAAAAAGGAUAUGAAGGACCUCCAGGACCUCCAGGUUUUCCUGGAUUACCUGGGUCACCAAGCAGAACCACUAUUUGCAAAGGCGACCCAGGACCUGCUGGCCCUCCAGGGUUGCCAGGGGUCAAGGGUUAUAUGGGCCCUCCAGGACCUCCUGGGCCUCAGGGCCACUUUUAUCAGACAGGACCAAAAGGUGAAAGAGGUCUUAUUGGUCCAAGGGGUUUUCAUGGACUCAAAGGUCGGAGAGGUGGCUCUGGGCCGCAAGGCUGCAAGGGAGAAACUGGCCCAGCUGGAAAUAGGGGGAUCAAAGGUUCACGUGGUGACAUCCUCACCGGGGGUAUAAAGAAUCCUCUCCCUGGGCCCAAAGGACCAGAUGGUCCUCCAGGAUCUGUUGGAUUUGUGGGUGACGAAGGCCCACCUGGCCCUCCAGGACGAAAAGGAGAGAAGGGUCCUAAAGGGUCUACGGGCAUCCCUGGUAGGACAGGUCCCCCUGGUCUUAAUGGUCCAGUUGGAGACCCGGGAAAUGUUGGUGAGACAGGAUUUACUGGGCCUCAAGGUAUCCCUGGACCUCCUGGUAAUCCAGGUGGGCCGGGCCAUAGAGGAGCCUCUAGGUCUGGCUUCCUCUUGGUUAUCCACAGCCAGUCAGUUCUGGUGCCACAGUGCCCUACAGGCAGCACUCAUCUUUGGGUGGGAUACAGCCUCGUUUACCUGGAGGGACAAGAAAAGGCUCACACACAAGAUCUAGGUCAGCCUGGCUCUUGCAUCCCCAUUUUCUCCACCAUGCCUUUCUCCUACUGCAACAAAGGAGCCUGCCACUACUCUAGUCGCAAUGACAAAUCCUAUUGGCUCUCCACCACUGCUCCCAUACCCAUGAUGCCACUCUUUGGGCCUGAAAUUAGCACCCACAUCAGCCGCUGUGUGGUAUGCGAGACAGGAUCACCUGCGGUGGCAGUUCACAGUCAAGACAAUGUGGUCCCUCCAUGCCCACCAGGCUGGAGGAGUUUGUGGACAGGGUAUUCCUUCCUUCUGCACACAGGGGCAGGCGACGAGGGUGGUGGACAGUCACUAAGUUCUUCAGGUAGCUGCCUUAAGGAUUUCAGAACACACCCCGUCAUUGAGUGCCAAGGUGCACAGGGAUCCUGUCACUACUUUGCAAACCUCUACAGUUUUUGGCUGACGACUGUGAAUCCAACAGAGCAGUUUAUCUCUGCAAAACCCGGCACCAUCAAAGCAGCUGAACGGCAGCGACACAAGGCCAGCCAGUGCAAUGUCUGCUUCAGAAGAGAUACAAAUACGCUUUAAAUAAUUUGGUUGCAGCUUGAAUUGUUUUUAAUACCUUUUAAGACAUUAUAUAUUCAAUAUCUUACUCAAACUGCCACUCAGGUUCAAAGACAAUUCUUGAAGUAUAUGUAUAUUAUAUGAGCAAGAUUUUAUACUGUUUACUAACUAAAGAUGAAUGCAUGGACUAGUUUUUCCAGGUCCCGCUGAACCUUGAUAUAAUCUUAAGGUGAUAGUAGGCGGACUUUGUUAUUGCCUUAAUGUGUUUUUCCAAAUUUAGGUCUGAGUCCAUCAGUGCACCCAGAUUUUUGUCCUGGUUGGCAGUUUUUAGUUAUAUAGAUUGAAGCUCUGUGUUGACUUGUAAUCGUUUAUCUUUGGCUACAAAGACAAUUACUUCAGUUUUGUUUUUGUAUAGCUGGAGAAAGUUGUGGCAUAUCCACGCAUUAAUCUUUUCAAUGCAUUUAUCAAGAGCCUGUACAUUCCCUCGGCCUCCUGGUGACAUUGUAAUAUAUAUCUGCAUGUCAUCUGCAUACUGUAGCUAUGUUAGUUUGUUUUUUAUAAUCUGUGCCAGUGGGAAAAUGUGGAUGUUAAACAGAAGAUGCCCCAUGAUGGAACCAUGGGGAACUCCACAUGUGAUUUUUGUCUGCUGAGAUGUAAAGUAAAAUAAAACUGACACAAAGUA